AUGCCCAAAUUUGUAAAAUCGAGUGACCUCCGUCGGAAUGAUACGAUUUAUGAAUACUCUAUAAGUAGUGAAGAAAGCGGAGUAACAAGUUCACCAUUUCCAGAUAAAGAAGCCGCUUCAGAUCGUGAAGUUAAACCGGUCCCACUUUGUUUGAAAUCUGACUCGCUUAGAGUCAACACAGAUGAACAACCGAUUGUACCCGCUCGACUUACAAAGGUGCGCUUGAACUCUGUUGCUGAGGAAUCGAUUCAUACACCUCCAUCAGACUAUCAUUCCAGUUCUCUGUCCACUAUCUCCUCUGUGACAGAGUUCAGUCAUGAACACGGGGAACCAUUUGAAUCGGCCUCGCCCGAAGCACAUCUGUCAAAGCUCAAAUCAAUUCAUCGGAAAGUCAAACGACGGAAACAAUGGCGUUACUUGCUGAGGGUGAUCCAUUUUAUUGUUACAAAGAUUCUCGUAUUGGUUUUGCUCAUUGCCAGCCUAAUAUUACUGUUGUGCGGUUACUUUCUUGUUGUGCAUUACCUUCUCGUGUCCGGAUGCAUUAUCCUUUUAGCCGCCAUCGGAUUCCAAGUCCAGCUGUGUUUUGCCGAACGGACCGGACCGAAUAAGUUUAACCCUAUGUCCGUUCCAUUCUCCAUUCCUGCGGAGGAUUUAACACAAAUGGAUCCUGAAUUAGUAAAAGAGCGAUCACAAUGCGGACCAGAAAUGCAAAAUCAGCUUGAGACUCCUCUUCCUCGAUCAUCCGACGCGUCUCGAAACGUUGUCAGUUUUAGUGAUCUUCAAGCAAAACGACUGAGUCUAGCUUUAGCCCGUGUGGCAAACAGUGCAUUACAAGUUCCACGGUAUACAGAUGGUGAAUCAACCGGUGUGUUGAGAUUGGCCAGACGGUUAACAAUGGCCAGCUCUGCGAUCGGAAUCGCCACACACGACCCGAGUUUAACCGGAUCAAGCUGGCUUACAGGUAAUCAGAUUAGGCAUGGAGUACGACGCAGUCUUGCUUGGAAUGCUACCGGAGCGAGUCGAUUUUACGAACAAAACUAUGACUAA